CAACAACAUGAGUGCCGAACCUCCCCGACCUCUUCUCUUGCCUCGCAACCGGAAGCUACGACAUCUCCAAGGCAUAUACCUUCGAAAUCUUACAUUUUCAAGGCCGCGCGGGCGAACAAUCGAUGAUGCGGCUCUCAAUAAGUCACCCCAGAAGAUCGAAGCUCUACGAGAACCUCAACUCCACCAUGCGCGCUCUUCCUCAGACCUCCAAGCGCAAGGGCUACAAAGAACGAACACAAGCUGGGGUCCUGAGAGCCCUGACUCUCGGCAGAAGAAGCUGGAAAAUGUCAUAGAUAGGAGGAUGGCGGACUCUUUCUUCACACUGCACUGCGAGGGACAAGAAGAUCCGAUAUACAUCAGCGAAGUGGUGGAGAAGGCAAUGAAUCCUACCUUCCGCUUCUUUGACCUCUCAGGGAUUGGUCCUGCUACUACUCGACUCAAUAGAUUGACGAUCAAGAUAUGGGUUAAAAGACAAGAUUUCUCUCUUCUUAUCACGGAGGAAGUCAAUCUUCAAUCGCUUCAGUUCAUUGGGACACUCGAGAAUCAACCCUUUCCGCCAAACUGUAUACUUUUCCACCUAAUCGAUGGUAUCUACUCGAUCGACCUCGCCUCGAAGCCUCCAAAACCAAAACCUGCGCCAACUCUACCAACUUCUUCCUAUAGCGCUUUAAUGCGCCUCUCCAACCUUGAUGAAUCGAUCCAAGACGCCCUAGCAACGCGCGAAGAACUUGCCUCCCAAAUCAACUCCAUCCUUCAAUCAUUACCCGUCGACGAAACGUCCCAAGCCCAAGAGCACGCUAUCCUCGCAGAACGCUAUGUGACCGCCUCUCGAAAGCUCCUCAAGCAAUCCCUCCGCCGCAGGACCGAACUGAAAACAUCCAUCGCCGCUCGCAGAGCCGCCAUCAAGUCCGGGCGAGAAGUGCAAGAACGCGCUCAAGAAGACGUUAACGCGGCGCAGGAAAAGCUGCAGACUUGCCGCUCUCUCCUGCAAAGUACAACUUCUGCUAUUCACGGACAGCGUCGGAGAAUAUGUGAGGAGCUAUUGAAGAUCUUCCGUAUAGAGGCUACAGACCAUCCUCUCUUAUUUACAAUAUGUGGAUUACCGCUCCCCAAUUCAUCCUACGAGGACGCUGAUGAAGAUAUCGUCUCGGCCGCCCUCGGGUACGUAGCGGAGGUCGUCGACAUGCUCCAAUACUACCUCUCGAUCCCCCUCCCCUACCCAAUCUCUCCCUUCGGUUCACGCACCAUAAUCCACGACCCCAUUUCCCUCCUCGCCGACAACCAGCGCACCUUCCCCCUUUACAUGAAAGGGACAGUGCGCUUCCGCUUCGACUACGGCGUGUUCCUCCUCAACAAGAACAUCGAAUGUCUAGCGGAAAGCCAAGGCUUAAAAGUCAUCGACAUCCGGCAGACGCUGCCGAAUCUCAAAUACCUGCUCUACGUCUGUGGAGAGGGCAAAGGCGAACUGCCGGCUCGCAAGGCGGGGGGCAUCCGCGGCUUGUUAAUGGGCCGCACGACCCCGAGCCUGAGCAGGCGCGGAAGCUCAGAGAGCGGAACAGGCUUGGGUGUUGGCGAGAUGGCGAGGAAGGCACUGGAGGUUGCGAGUAAAGGGAACGGACAGGCGAAAGCGCCCGAGAACCGGGAAGCUAAUGGCAAUGGGAAUGGGAAUGGGAGUGCGAAACCGAGAGAUGUGGCGGGUAUGCUACCCUUCAGAGAUGAUAAUAGGCUGAGUCUACGGACUAGCGGAUUGAGAGAGGGACUUGGGAGAUGAAGUCGAAAUAGUAUUGUCGUGUACCUUAAGUACCUAUGUAAAGACUAAUAAUGAACGACGAUG